AUGGAUAAUGGAUUAUUUCAUGAGGAGACUUAUGCGUUCAAGAAGAAGAGCGAAGACAAGACUGGAGAGUUAAAACUUGAGGGAGGAUUUUCAAUGCCAAAAAUGGCCAUGAAAGAUGACGACGAAGCGUUCUUAGCUCCAGAAAUGAAUGCAUUUGGCCGUCAAUUCAGGGACUACGACUCUGAGAGUGAGAGGCAGAAGAGUGUCGAAGAGUUUUACAGAUUACAACACAUAAACCAAACUGUCGACUUUGUGAAAAAGAUGAGAGCGGAAUAUGGAAAAUUAGAUAAAAAGGUGAUGAGUAUUUGGGAAUGUUGCGAGCUCCUUAAUGAGGUGGUAGACGAGAGUGAUCCAGAUCUCGACGAGCCUCAAAUUCAACAUUUGCUUCAAUCCGCAGAAGCCAUCCGCAAAGAUUACCCUAACGAAGAUUGGCUUCAUCUAACUGCUCUUAUCCAUGAUCUUGGAAAGGUUAUUACUCUUCCACAAUUUGGAGGACUUCCUCAAUGGGCUGUUGUUGGUGACACAUUCCCUGUUGGGUGUGCAUUUGAUGAAUCUAACGUACACCACAAGUAUUUUCUGGAAAACCCAGAUUUCUACAACCAAGCCUAUAACACCAAAACUGGGAUUUAUACUGAAGGAUGUGGAUUAAACAAUAUCAUGAUGUCAUGGGGACAUGAUGACUACAUGUACUUGGUGGCUACAGAGAAUGGAAGUACUUUGCCGUCCGCGGGAAAGUUUAUCAUACGAUACCAUUCUUUUUACCCAUUGCACACGGCUGGAGAAUACACCCAUCUUAUGAACGAUGAAGACAAAGAGAACCUCAAGUGGCUACACGUUUUCAACAAGUACGACUUAUACAGCAAGAGCAAAGUUCACGUUGAUGUUGAGAAGGUCAAGCCCUACUACAUGUCUCUUAUCAAGAAAUAUUUCCCGGAGACCUUGAGGUGGUGA